UUACGCCGCGCUGCACACGGCUGGGCGAUUGCGUGGCGGCGACGGCUUCGCGCGCGCGCGUCGGUGACUUGCACAACGCGAGAGCGCAAGCGCGCGCUCGCGCGGGCGGUUUCUGGGACGCUAUACACCGUGAACCCCGUCACCGAACGAAUCUGCUGGACACGCAUGCACGGCGAGAGAGCCGGUAUCUCGAGGGGGGGGCGACGACUGCGACGAUGACGCCGCCGUACAGCGCAGCCGCUGGAGCGGCAAGGAGGAGCCGGCCGGCGAGAAGACGACAGCCCUGACCUCGAAGUGGCUUGAGGAAACAGGGUUGCUCCGUUGCGCCACAUUGCCGCCCGCCGCAGCCGCCGCCUGCUGCUGCACUAUACUCACAACACACGCUGUAGCGAGCUGUGCUCCCGCGUUGCAGGCAAGAGUCGUGCAGCUCCUCCCAUGCGGCGGCGCCGGGGACGCCGAAUCUGCGUAGCCCAUGUUCACGUCCCUGUCCGCGGACAGAUUCAUCGGCGGCCUGCUGCAGGUCCGCCGGGACGCCGCCGUGCACCUCUUCGCGGCUGCCUGCUUGGUGGCGUUGUGGCGAUGGCUUCCCGAGGUCCACGAACACGGCUGGUUGUACGCGCUGUGGUGGCUGGGCGCCCUCCUGACGCUCCUGGCGCUCACGCUGCUCCUCGGCUGGGCGCUCACCACGCUCCUGCUGCCCAACGCCAAGCUCAGCCCUAGGGGCAAGGCCGUGCUAGUCACAGGCUGUGACCGUGGCUUCGGCCGUCUGCUCGCGAAGCGGCUGGACAGCGAGGGCUACAAGGUGUUCGCCGGCUGUCUCUUCCCGGAGCAGAGCCGCUCGGAACUGGAAGAAGCCAGCAGCUCCGGCCUAAGGGUGGUACCGCUGGACGUCACCGAUGACAAGCAGGUCGCCGAAGCAGUGACCCUAGUCGAGCGGGAACUGGCGGGACAACACCAACUGUGGGGCGUGGUGUGCAACGCCGGCGUGAACAUCUUCACCGAGUUCGAGUGGACGACCCAGAAGGAGGUCAGCUGGAUGUUCGACGUCAACGUGCACGGCACGGUGCGAGUCACGCGGGCCUUCCUGCCUCUGCUGCGCCGCUCAAGAGGCAGGCUCGUUUUCGUCGCCAGCUACGCAGGUCGCGUGGCUCCCGUGUGGAUCGUGCCGUACGCCAUGACCAAAGCCGCCGUCAUCGCACUCGCCGACGGCCUCCGGCGGGAGCUUGCCCAGUGGGGCGUCGGAGUGUCGACGAUCGAGCCCACCUACUACGUGACCGAGAUCAACCCGCGCGUGGAGCAGGACCUGCUGAAGCGGUUCGCCGCCGUCCCGGAUCACGUGCGCGCCGCGUACGGCGAGGACUACGCUCGCGACCGCUGCCGGGCCAUGGUUCGCUUCCUGUCCAGCGUGUCUCGGUGCGAGCUGUCCGAGGUGGUGAGCGCCAUGGCGCACGCGCUCACCAGGGCGCGGCCGCGGCGCUACUAUCGCUGUGACGGCACCGCCGGCUGGCUGCUGGCCCUGCUGCUCUUCAACCUUCCGAGCAUGUUCGCCGACGCCGCGGUCGCCAUGACCUGGAAAUCGCGCUACGCGCCCGAUGCCCGAGGCGUGCUGCAGAGGGUCCGCAGGCAGGAAGACAAGGUCGCCUAGGCCUCCUCCGGCUCUCGCCAGCGCGAUAUCCCAGCCCCUUUCACCACCUGUCCCGUAGAUAGUAAUUAUUUUGUUUGCGGCUCAUAGUACAUUCCGCAGUUGCUGAUCUCCGCCGCUACGCGUCUCGUCAAGAACGAGACGAGCAAGUGAGUCGACCCGCUACGUCGUGAGAUUAAGGUCUCAGAUAAAUAACAGCCGCACUUCGCCCGGGACAACGUUAUGUGUGUAUUUUCGCCUCGACGUUGUCAGGCGAAGGUAUGUUUCGGAGGUUUCACGCCGCUUGAAAAUCGCGCUCUUAUCACGGAAAAAUUGCGUCGUGGCGUCCCACGCCAAAAAGAAGUCGGUCGAGGUUACUCGUUUUGAAGGAGGGUCUGCUAAUAAAGGGCUUCAGAGUUGAUACGUAAAGGUGACCCAGAUUUCCUUGUGGCACAAUUCGCAGUGAGUGCCAACAAUAACAGAUCAGAUGCGCCCCGAUUACAAUGCCUGGGAAGCCGUUCUAUAGCUUGUCGUCGCGAUUGUGCGUGGCGCUGAAACUAUCGGCGAAGCACCCGGAAAUUCUUAGCCAUCCUACCACAGAAUAACGCGUUCCCGCUGUAAAAUAAAAUACAGAAAGAAAAUGGAUCGCGGUCUUACUGUACUAAUUGGUUAUUUGUGUUUCCUUGAAUUGAAACGCACCCCACUUGUUGCCUCUACGUUACGCCACGAGAGGUUCACGUCAGUCAGGCAAGUGAUAACAUGGAACGUUAUCUGCGAAAAACCGCAUACGCGCUUAAAAUAUCCCGGCAUCGCCAGUGGCAACAAUGGAGCGCCAUGAUCUCAGACCGCGAUUGGCAUACGAGUGAAUCAGACAAAGCUGUACUGAAUAGGGAAGCAUAUGAAGAUGGGGUUUCUUCUAUUUAAAAACGCUUGGCUCACUGUGAUACGAAAGCAAAUUUGACCUUGGUACAUUUUUGCUCGCUCGCUAAGUACAUGUUUGUUUGUCAAAUGGGUUUGUUUGUAUGUGCUCUUUAUUUACCCAGUGAACAAGAAAAAAAAAAGAUAACUACGUUGUCAACAACUUUUAAGGGAAUGUAUUGUCCACCGAGUUUGUUUAUGCAUACACAUUGUUAACUAUGUGCAAUAUUUACCGGCAACUCCUCACAGCACACAUGCUUUUUUCAAGUCAAAGAAAGCUGUGAUCGUAGCUUACUUACUUAAACAUAUUUUUUUUUGCGUUACCGAGAAGCGAAUUCUGUAUUCUUUGUUUCCCAUUUCUUCAAUUUUGCAUUUGUUGAAAUCGCGGCACGAUGCUUAUAAUAAGGCUGAAGUGCCAGUAUAUUGUGCAGUGAUGUGCUUAUUUGAUUUUGUGUGUGUGUGUGACAAUAAAAGUAUGCUUCGGAACAAUA